GCUGUUGUGACUCCUGAGGAUGGACGGCGUCUCGUUAGGCCUGGGGUCCACCCCCCCCUCGACACACCCCAGCUGCACUGCCGACCCUGAGGAAGACGCCAUGAGCGGCGGCAUCCACACGUUCAACCAGACGCACACGAGGAAGGCGUUCCAGCUGAUGAACGAGCUGAGGAGUCACAUUAAACGCUUGCUGUGCGACGUGCAGCUGGUGGCAGACGGCCAGGAGGUCCCAGCUCACAGGGUGGUCUUAGCCUCCUGCAGCCCCUACUUCUGUGCCAUGUUCACAGGUGAGAUGAGCGAGAGCAAAGCCCCCCAGGUGGAGAUCAGAGAAGUGGACGGUGGGACCCUGAGGAAACUGGUAGACUACAUCUACACAGCAGAGAUCGAGGUGACGGAGGACAAUGUCCAGGUUCUUCUGCCAGCAGCCGGUCUCCUGCAGCUCAUGGACGUCCGUCAGGUUUGCUGCGACUUCCUGCAGUCUCAGCUUCAUCCCACCAACUGUCUGGGCAUCCGAGCCUUUGCUGACCUGCACACGUGCACGCAGCUUCUCUGCCAGGCCCACGCAUACGCUGAGCAGCACUUCUCAGAGGUGGUGCAGGGCGACGAGUUCCUGGCUCUGUCUCUGCAGCAGGUGUGCAGCCUGAUUUCCAGCGACAAACUCACCGUCUCCACCGAGGAAAAGGUGUUUGAGGCGAUGAUAGCGUGGAUCAAACACGAUAAACCUGCUCGUCUGGAGAACAUGCCCAAACUCAUGGAACAUGUUAGACUUCCACUACUGUCCAGGGAUUACCUCGUUAAGAUUGUCGAGGAGGAAGCCUUAAUAAAGAACAACAACACGUGCAAAGAUUUCCUCAUCGAAGCGAUGAAGUUUCACUUGCUCCCAGCUGACCAGCGCCACCUCAUCAAGACGGACAGGACGCGACCACGGACCCCCGUCAGCAUCCCCAAGGUGAUGAUCGUGGUGGGCGGCCAAGCACCUAAAGCUAUCCGCAGCGUGGAGUGCUAUGACUUCCAGGACGACCGUUGGUACCAGGUGGCUGACCUGCCCUCCAGACGCUGCCGAGCAGAUGUGCUGGAGUGA